GGGUCAAAUCUCUUCAGUUUCAGAUCAGAUCAUCUGUUUGGAUAUUCCACAUGUGCUCUUCAACAGAAGCAUGAACGGGAUCCCACUGUACUGUACAACACACUUCAACAUGAAGGCUGUAAGUCACAUUUAAUGGAAUUUGGAAUCUGAGGGAUAUACAUAAUGGAUUCCUGGACAUUUUCGUUCUUACCCAGUAACCUCCCCAGCAAUCUGUCUGGACUCCCCAUGUACGAUGACAUCUUGCUCGGCAACAUAUCUGAAGAAGGCCUGGGAAACGAGACGGACCAGAGCCUGACCAAAACCAGCACGGCCGUCAUCUCCUUCAUGUACUUUGUGGUGUGUGCCAUCGGCCUGUGUGGAAACGCUCUGGUCAUCUACGUCAUCCUGCGGUACGCCAAGAUGAAGACGGUCACCAAUAUCUACAUCCUGAACCUGGCGGUGGCAGACGUGCUGUUCAUGCUCGGUUUGCCCUUCAUUGCCAUCCAGUUGGCGCUGGUGCACUGGCCGUUUGGCGCAGCUCUGUGCCGCGUGGUCAUGACUGUGGACUCUCUCAAUCAGUUCACCAGUAUUUUCUGUCUGAUGGUGAUGAGCAUCGAUCGGUACCUCGCUGUUGUGCAUCCCAUCAAGUCCACCAGAUGGAGGAAGCCCAAUGUCGCAAAGACCAUUAAUCUGGUCGUGUGGGUCGUGUCUCUCGUCGUCAACCUCCCAAUCGUAAUCUACAGUGGGCUGAUCACCAAACCCGAUGGCUGCUUCUGCACUAUUGUGUGGCCAGAGCCGCAGGAGACCUACUACACCACCUUCAUGUUCUACACCUUCUUCCUGGGCUUCUUCCUACCUCUGAUGGUCAUAUGUCUCUGCUAUUUGUGCAUUAUCAUCAAAGUGAAGUCCUCAGGAGUCAGGGUCAGCUCCAGUAAACGGAGGAAGUCUGAGAGGAGGGUGACGCGUAUGGUGUCCGUUGUGGUUGCCGUCUUUGUGUUCUGCUGGCUGCCUUUCUACAUUUUCAAUGUGACAUCGGUCACUGGUACCAUUAGCACCACACCUUUUUUAAGGAGCAUGUUUGCCUUCGUCGUGGUGCUAGGAUACGCCAAUAGCUGCGCAAACCCAAUAUUGUAUGCUUUCUUGUCUGAGAACUUCAAAAAGAGUUUCCAGAAUGUGCUGUGCUUGAAAAAAGCGAGUGCUUUGGAUGAGGCUGAACGCACUAGUAGCAAACAGAACAAGCCGCAAAUCACGAACGAGCCAACAGAAACUCAGAACACUCUGCUUAAUAGAGACCUGCAAACCAGCAUGUGACAAAACAAAGGUCGUUGCUCAGCAAACUAUGGAUCUGAAAUCAAUAGAAUCUGUGGUCUCUACAAACAGAGUAAGAGGAGUGACUGUAAAACCAUUAAAUAUGGUUUCCAUUUUAAAGCCCACUGGCUUAGUAUCCCAAAGUUACAAACUAAUGGAUUUUUGGAAAUCUUACCAUAAUUUACAUUCAUUGGUUAAAACCUGAAAAAAUCAUUGGUAAAACAUUAGUUUAGAGACCAGUUCUCACUAUUAUCUAUUAGCUUACAAGCAUGCCUACUAUUAACUAAUCAUCUGUUUAUUAUUGCUUAUACAGUAAAGCAUUUAUUCUGCA